CACGGAGUCGUUGAAACCCACCAGGAGCCAUGGCGACCACCGUGGAUCAGAAGCUUUUGAAAGCGACAAAGUUUCCUCCAGAGUUUAAUCAGAAGGUGGACAUGCAGAAGGUUAACCUUGAGGUUAUGAGAAAAUGGAUCGCAGGCAAGAUUUCGGAUAUCCUUGGAAGCGAAGAUGAUGUGGUUAUAGAGCUAUGCUUCAACUUGAUUGAAGGGUCUCGUUACCCCGAAAUUAAGAAACUACAAAUCCAACUGACAGGCUUCCUGGAAAAUGAUACUCCCGCCUUUUGUAAAGAGUUGUGGAAGCUAUGUCUAAGUGCACAGAAUAGCCCUCAAGGUGUUCCGAAGGAGUUACUCGAGGCCAAGAAGCUGGAGCUCAUCCAGGAAAAGGUCGAAGCUGAGAAGGCUGCUGAAGAAGCGAGGCGCAGGCGCGAAAUUGAUAGCCAACGUGAACGAGACAUGGACUCCAUCCGAAACCGUGAACGAAAUGAGCGUGGAAGGGGCGGGUAUGGGAUGCGCAACGACAACUGGCGCCGCGGGCGCGGAGAUCGUGAUUUUGGGCGUGGUGGAGACAACAAUCGAGGGGGACAUCGCAGGUCUCGCUCACCUGGGCAGUGGCGUGCCCCGCCAAGAGACAUGGACUCAUAUGUUCCACGAGGAGGCGGUAGGAGGAGGGACGAUAACAGGCGAACAUCGCCAUCACCGGCAUUGGACAAACGACCCGUAUCUGCGUCAUCUUCGCGCUCCCGUCCCCGCCAACGUCGGCAUUCAACAAGCCCAUCCGCUUCCCCGCCUCGUCGCCGAAACUGCUCAAUAAGCAGAUCACCAUCCUCAAAUAGACGCGGAGACAGCUACCGCGGCCGUGGUGGGAGAAGUAGGCGACACAGCCCGGAUCGCCGCCGCCGAAGGUCAUACUCAUCAUCCGACUAUCGAUCUCCAUCCCCAGCACCGCGGAAACGCAGGAGGUCGCCAUCCCCCUCCGAAAGCCGCUCUCCUCCACCGAAGUCUCGCCGAAGACGCCGAGACAGCAGCAGCUCCCGCUCCCGUUCUCGUUCUCGUAACCGCUCCGUUUCACGGUCACCCAUCCGAGGCAAGUCGCCGAUGCGAAAACAAUUCUCCGUAACCCCAGCGAGAGAUCUAAUUAGACCGAAACCUACUUCAAGUCGUAAGGGCCGUGACCGUGACGAGCACCGGCUAACUCGCAGUCAUAGCCGAGACGAACGCAGCUUAACUCCUCGACAGCGCCCAACUACUAACAGAAGCCGGUCGAGAAGCGUCAGCCGAAGCAGGAGUAGAGCCAGGAGCCCGAGGAGGGAGAGGAAGAGAAGGGGUUCUAUUGAACGAUAUGCGCCGCGGAGACACCACACCUCCUCCAUCUCACCCCCUAGUACCAAAAGAAUCAAAAGGGCUGAUAUUGAGGAAGAUGAACGACGACGAUCGCCAUCGUCUGUUCAGAGCCCUCGAGGCAGGACGAGAACCAGAAGCAUCAGCAGACCCCACAGCCCAGCAAAAGAUGAUGCGGAGAUGACGGGGACAAAGGAUCAAGAGGUUGGUAGUGCCUGAUCAUGAAGUCGCCGGCUUAGAUGGACUGGCCUUGGCUGACCUCUGCGCAUGAUGACAGGCCAGUGCCGACCAGCCAGUGCCACAGCAAGGCCCUCAGAAAGAAGCAAGUGCGUUACGAGAGAAGUUGUUGAGGGAAAAGAUUAAGAAGAUGAGAAUGUUAAGUAUCAGCUCCAAUAAGGCGGAAUAGCCCGAAGAAGAUGUUUCUGGGGAGCCAUGGCAAGCGUCUCGCUGAUUUAUGUUAAUCAGCACAGCGGUUUACUGAGCUAGUUAACACUGGAUGGAAAUGGGGAAAUUUUGCUGCGCUAGCAGAUGAGUCUACCUUAUAUUUUGCUGUGAGACUCUUGACUUUACCAUUCUAAUUAGUCGGGCUAUAUGACAGAACACCACCCCUUCACAUCUCGUGCAGAACUACAGGAGAUCAUGCCACAUCCCUCGUGCUCCAUUUCUGUCUCUACUCGGCCCUGUCGUUCCCCAAACGUACUCCUUACGACUAUCCGAUGAAGACAUCAGGCUUGAUUCGAAAUGUCACUUGGUAAAUAUAUACAAAUCUCGAUGUAAGCCAAAAGAGGAAAUGUAGCUGUGAAUUAUAUUUUGCUAUUGUGUCGUUUCCAUAACAGGUUUCUAAAUUGUAAGCCAGGCACAACCCGGCUGAUCUGAUAAUCUUGACUAGUUUUGGCUGGACAAACUCAAAAUGGAGGCAGUAACCGAUCGCCUUGCCUUUACAACUGUCACACCAUGUUUCUUUAAAUCCAAUAGAUCCUAUCUUUAAUUACAUCUUCGCAGCUUCUUUAGCUAUCUCUUCUCUAGUCAAUCCUGGCGUCCCAUUCUCCUUCUCACCCAGACGGCCCAUCUUAAAGAGGGUAUCCAUCAAUUUCUCGUCGCCGUAAUGGUCAUUAUGCUGUGAAACGAUAUUAGCGAUAUGACCGAGCUCAUGCUUUGGUAAAACUUGCCUCAAACUCCGGGUUUUCACCGUACGCUACUCUCGCAACAUCGACCAAGAUCCUCGCCGUCAUACCCCAUACCUUGUAUCUCUCCAUACCUGCCUCCUCUUCCUCCUCUAGCUGCUCCGCAAUAGCCUUAAGCCCACCUUGUCUUACUUUGGGUUUAGUGACUUUCUGGUUGUUGAUGGGGACAUAGAAGUUGUGCACACGCCAGAGGUACCCAUCAUGCCAGUCGACCCAGCUGCCCUCAUACCAAUCGCUCUUGCUUCCCGGUACCGUCUCACCUUCUGGUACCUCAUCCUCAAGCUUGAGGAAAUUAUGGAAAGGCGCUGAGAAGACUGCAGCCACCUCCUUCGCAUCGAGAGUGGGUAUCAUCGCCUCUUCGGCGGUCUCUCCGUUUGCGCCAUCGGAGUGGAGGAAUGCUACGCAGGGACUCACCGCAAGCUCCGUCUUAGCCAGGUUAAAUGGGAGUUGGCAGAGAUGCUCUAUCCUGAUCGACUUUGGGAGUUUUGAGUCAUCCAUCGGCAAACCAAUCUCCUCGAACGCUUCUCGGCGUGCAAUCUGGAACGGUGUUUCUUCAAGGGUAUCGGCUUUCCCGCCCGGUAAGGCCGCAUGGCCAGAGUAGUUACGGAGCGAGGCAGCUCGCAUAGUAACGACGACCCGGAGGUCGCCUUGGCGGUCGGCAAAGAGGAGGAGGAGGACGGCGGCGCGGCGGGAGACGGGGAGGUAGUUCCAUAUGGGAAAUGGCGGUGGGACAUAGGCUCGAAGCCGUGCAAGAGCUGCCUUUGACCGGGUCAGCAUGUUCGGAGAAAGCAUCCCGCAUUCAGAAAAUGUUGAGCUGGAAUGGACUAACUGCGGCGGCUGGGGAAGCAGGGGCCAUGGCUGAGUGGUCAAAGACGCUGGAGCCGUAGGGUAGUAGGUCGGAGCUGGAGGCGGUCUUGAUGCUCUCUAUAAGCUCUGUUACACCAUCUGUGUCUAAUAAUCGGG